GUCCCAAAAGGAAAAAGGAAAAAGAAAAAGGAAAAAAGAGCAAGCCGAAGCCCGAAGAGGGAAACUUCAAUCUGAGCCGUAGAAAGCAUGAAUUCAACCACCGGCCGCGAUUUCUUCCUGUCAUAAAAUUAAACCUGAAAGAACAAAAUCAAGGCUUUUCGUAGAUUCUUUCCAGAGAGAGGCGGUGUAUUCGGUACACGAAAGAGAAAGGAAAAAUUUUGGGAAGAGAAAACAGCGCAGCAAAAAGAGUAGGUGAAGUUGAAAAUUUUUGGUGAUUUGUUUUAAGCUCAUUGGCGGAGUUUCCUAUAAAUACCAAAACCCCAAUUUUCUUAUAUAUUACUAGCGUCCGUUAAGCUAGCUCUCUCUCUCCUCAGAUCUCAAAGAGUGUGAGAUGGCAGCAACAUCGGCAACUAGCUUCUCGAUUGGAUCGACUGUCUCCUUGGGAAGCAGGGGGUGCUCACUUCCACAAAAAAAACCCUUUUCUGUAAGGUUCACCUCCCAGAAUUCACUUACAAGUUUCAGUGGCCUCAAGGCAGCAACAUCUGUGAACUGCGAAUCCGAAUCCUCCUUCCUAGGCAAGGAAAGCAGUGCAGCUCUUAGAGCCUCUGUUGCUCCAAAAGCACAGAAACCAAACCAGAGGUCUCAGUAUGUCCUACAACCUCAGGCAUCUUACAAAGUGGCAAUACUUGGAGCUGCUGGAGGGAUAGGUCAGCCUUUGGCACUUCUAAUCAAGAUGUCCCCACUAGUUUCGGCCCUGAACCUCUAUGAUAUAGCAAAUGUCAAGGGAGUUGCUGCUGAUCUUAGUCACUGCAAUACUCCUUCUCAAGUUCUGGAUUUCACUGGUGCUUCUGAAUUAGGAAAUUGUUUGAAAGGUGUGAAUGUAGUUGUUAUUCCUGCUGGAGUUCCAAGAAAGCCUGGUAUGACUCGUGAUGACCUCUUCAACAUCAAUGCCAACAUUGUGAAGACCUUGGUUGAGGCUGUCGCUGAUAACUGUCCUGAUGCCUUCAUCCAUAUUAUUAGCAAUCCAGUUAACUCCACAGUGCCAAUUGCCGCAGAAGUUCUGAAGCAGAAGGGUGUUUAUGAUCCAAAGAAGCUUUUUGGUGUUACCACAUUGGAUGUUGUGAGAGCUAACACAUUCGUUGCUCAGAAGAAAAACCUUAAGCUAAUUGAUGUGGAUGUUCCGGUUGUAGGAGGACAUGCUGGUAUCACCAUUUUGCCCCUGCUGUCAAAGGCAAAACCCUCUGUUAGCUUUACUGAUGAAGAAGUGGAGCAAUUGACUGUCAGGAUUCAAAAUGCUGGGACAGAGGUUGUGGAGGCGAAGGCAGGUGCAGGGUCUGCUACACUGUCCAUGGGCUAUGCAGCAGCAAGAUUUGUUGAAUCAUCUCUUCGCGCUCUGGAUGGAGAUGGGGAUGUCUAUGAGUGCUCUUUUGUGCAGUCAAAUCUGACUGAUCUUCCAUUCUUUGCAUCUAGGAUCAAGCUUGGAAGGAAAGGGAUUGAAGCUUGGAUUCCGUCUGAUCUUGAAGGGUUAACUGAGUAUGAACAGAAGGCUUUGGAAGCUCUGAAGCCAGAGUUGAAGGCCAGCAUUGAGAAGGGAAUUGCAUUUGUGCAGAAGCAACCGGUUACUGCUUAAAGCUCAAAUAUUUGAAGUUCUAACCUCGUUGAAAACUAUGGUUAAGAGAGAGAUAACUAAGUCUGGUAAUUUUGCUAUGGAUUUAUUCCUGCAUCAGUACUUUCAGUUUUGCAGAGUGGAAGUUCUUUAGUUUCUUUUUCCAAUGAUGAUCACAGAGUGCGAAGUUUAAAGGGUAUUUUGGUGUUGUAGAUGAGAAGGAUGUAAUCAUUUCUCAAUCACAGUUUGUAGAACUUUUGACAGUUUUGGAAUAACAUGGCCGAUGCGCUUCAUUACGUUUA